AGUUUUGCACAAGUUCAUUUAAAGGCUUUCACGCUUUUGACUUUCCGUUCCCCAAUGUGUCUAUUUAACCUGCAUUACCUCAUUUGCGCUUCUCACGGCAUUUCUUCUGCUCUCCACCGUCCAACGAUUUCGUGUCUCGCAUUGCAUCACCUGCUCUGGCACGAAAUGCGCUUGCUUUUUCCAGUCGGAUUCAACUCUGCUCACCACUGCGUGCUACCUUUGAACUGAUGAAAAUUUUAACAAUCGCCUACUGAAUAGAUGCCCAGUGCAAGAGUUUGCGCUCAGUGUUUAUCCAGCUUUGCUUCUGUCCGUGGUGCUGAAAUGCGCUCGCACACUAAGUAGGCUACCUUGUGGUUUUAUCCUAACCAUCGUUGUGUGUUAUCUGUUUCUUGCGUUUUGAAACAAUUAUGAAUAAUUCAGAGCUAACGUCGAUCUAGCCCGCUUCUUCGAGAAAUAGCAAGAAAAAAAAUUAAUUGCAUUUGCCAACUGAGACUGUAUUGAAGCUGUAUCGAUUUUUUUUUUUUUUGGAGAGGGGCUAAAGAAAAAAUCUGGAGACGGGGUCUGCGCGCCUGCUUCGUACUGCACAAGAAAGAUUUCCUUUAUCUUUUUAAACUUCCAAAAGUCCUUAAGGAAAAAAAGUUUUUUUUCUUCAGACGAGGGAUGCAUGUUUCUCAUUUCCGAUUCUGCUUUGGAUUUUCCUCCUGGAUAGAUCGCUAUUAAAUCUCUUCUACACGCGCCAUUCACGCAGAACUUGGUUAAACACAGAUGAUAAUCUGAACAGAGGCUUUACCAAAACAGCAGCGUGGAGAUGGAAGCGUCCACCAACGGGUCCAGUUUUGGAAUCGAUUCCCUGUUAUCCCACAGGCCUGGAAGUCCGGUUAUUGCAAAGGGGGACAGUUUGGUAGGGGAAUGCCGGUCCCCGUUGGAAUUCAGCCCCAGGUCAGACUUAGAGAGCGGUUGUUCUUCUCCUCCGUCCCCGAGGCGAGAGUGCGGUGAGGAAGCGGCGCAGAGACAGGGUCACCCCCUCGGGCUCCCGUCCCAUUUGCAGCACGGGCCGAUGUCCGCUGGAUCGCAACCUCGGACUGUCACUUCAUCAUUCUUAAUAAGAGAUAUUUUGGCUGACUGUAAACCCUUAGCGGCUUGUGCCCCUUAUUCCAGUAACGGCCAACCGACACAGGAGACGGGGAGGCUGGCAUCCAAAAUCGCAGACGACUUCAUUGAAAAGAUCCAUAGUAAUUCGUCGUCUGACAGCGAAUACAAAGUGAAAGAGGAGGGUGACAGGGAGAUCUCCAGCAGCAGAGACAGUCCGCAAGUCCGUCUGAAGAAGCCACGGAAAGCGCGGACUGCAUUCACUGACCAUCAACUUGCUCAGCUUGAGCGCAGUUUUGAGCGUCAGAAAUACCUGAGUGUGCAAGACAGAAUGGAGCUAGCAGCAUCCCUCAAUUUGACCGACACGCAGGUCAAAACCUGGUACCAAAACAGGAGGACAAAGUGGAAAAGGCAAACGGCGGUCGGACUUGAAUUGUUAGCUGAGGCUGGGAAUUAUUCUGCCCUGCAAAGAAUGUUCCCCUCGCCGUAUUUCUACCCUCAAAGUCUGGUCUCAAAUCUGGACCCUGGAGCAGCGCUCUACCUAUACAGGGGACCUUCGGCGCCGCCGCCGGCGCUGCAGCGUCCACUCGUUCCCCGGAUUCUCUUGCACGGUCUACAGGGCGCUGAGCCGCCGCCGCCUCUCCCCCCGCUUUCCGGUGUGAUACCCAGACCUGCACCACCACGAUGAGCGUCAUGUUUCAGACUCAUUUCAAUACAUGGCAGCUUUGAACCCCACCAUCAAAAAACUAUGUUACUCGUGACAAAAUAUUUGAGGUAUAAUACAAAGCCACAAAACCAUGACGGACAAAAAGAGACAUUUCAACUGACAGUGUCAACUUAUUUAAUUAUUUAUUUUGCAUUUGCUUUUUAAACUUAUGUUUAGAAAUUGUUUACUCAAAAAUGUUACUUCUGGAGAAUACAAAUUUAUAUACAGAACGCAAUAAUAACGAGACGUAAAGCUACAGGUGAACGUCGCUUCACCAAAUUAUUAUUAUCAAUUUAUUAACAAUUAUUAGAACAACAGAAGGUAACACAUGUGAAUUGUUGACACACAGAAUAUUUAAAUGGAAGAUACAUAUUUAAUUAUCCUGAGAUAAAAUCCAGGUAGUAGGUCGUGGGCUUUGUACUGACCCUCUAAAAUGUACAAAGGAAAAGAGGUGUAAAUAAGAAUAUUUUGUUUUAUGUUGAAAGACAUCCUUUUUCUCUUUUUGUAUCAUAUUAAGCCUUACAUCAAUAUGUGAUGUGAGCAACACAUUUAAAAUCAAAGACAUUAGUAAUGAUAUUAGAAAGGAAAUGUCACUUUUGCAUUUGUCAGAUAGUUGUAACAACAAAGAUGAAUGGCACGGAGUGCUAUAUACAGAACAAGAUGUUUACUGAGGAAGAGUCAAAUAAUCGACGAGAUGGAUUAUGAACUGAUUAUUUUUGGGCUGCCGUUUCUGUAUUCCUGCAAAAUGGCCAAGCAAAGGAACUUGAUUUUCACAAGGGGCGCGGUAGCCACUCAAAAAUACAAUAUCACUUUGAUGAUGAUGAUGAUGAUGGAGAAAGGCCAAGUGCUUAUUGCAAAUCACUUUUGAUCAAUAAGUGAAGAAAUGACAGACUACGCCUCGUGCAUUGUCAGCAUAUGCCUACAGCGAGCAGUGCAAAGUGUUAGCCCAGGCAUUGCGCAUUACUUUGUAUAAAUCCGUUGAAAUAUCUUGUCAUUCUUUCUGGUGAAGCUGUAUAUUGAGAAUAUUGAUUUGUGAAGUAAUGAUUCUCGUAUUUCAAAAUGAUUUUCGUUCGUGCCCCCGUGUGCGUAGCGGUGUGAACUUCUUGAAAACUCUUAAAACUGCUGGAUGUGCGGGGGGGUAUGGGUGGUCUUUAAGAAAGGAGAAUUACUUUUAUAAAUGUGCUAAUAAAGAUCUUUCAUUAAUUUA